GAGGCACCUGCAUUCCUCCGCCAGAAAUGUUCUUUGUGCUUCACUAGACGCGCCGGGGAGAGGCUAGUAAGAGGCACUGAUUCUUCAUACUGAGUUCGUUGAUAGCCCACCGCACCCUUUAACAAAACCGGUGCCUCGCCCUACGACUGGCGGAUCUCUCCCACACCCACUGGACUGGACACACUUAAGAAGACCGGCAAACCCGGCACUGACAUCCUCCUCGGCACGAGAGGCUGUAUCUCUUUGGAGACAGCAGAUAACAGAGGAGUCUCCUACGACGUCUGGUCAGGAUGAUUCCAUCCUUACAAGCUCUAGUCGUCCAUUCAGACCGGACCGGAUCCUGGAGUUCGCCACUGGCUUAAUAUGGCAGAUAUGAGAUAGGCUUCAGCACUUUGAACCAAAUGAAAUACACAAAACUGUAUUUAUGUAUUGACUGGGCUAAGAGAUAGCGCGUGGAGCUGAAAAUGCAUUCAUUACAUUUGAGCAACGGUUACAAGUUUGCAGUUGCCUAGAAGACUAUUGCCGAAUCAUGCUAUUAUCAGGUUGGCUUUGUUAAAAAACAACCUAGUACCUGAUGAAUCCAGAGAGCCAACUUCUCCGGUUAAGGCUGUCUCUUAAAAUGUACAGGGAUCUUCUCAAAAUACAAUGCAUCAAAAACAUUUAGAGACCUUUCUGCCAGUAUUUCGAUACCUUUAAUUUUUGAGUGGACUUAAUGACGAAAUUUUUAUAUUAGAAUUGCCUCGUCGUCGCAUGGAGAUGCACUGCUUUUUGUUUUGUCGCUCGCUCAGUGGUCUGCAACAGUUCUAGAGAGUAAACAUACUAGGGGAUAAUCAAUCGACAUUUAAGGCUUUGAAGAAUAUACUAAUAACAUGACUUAAAUUCCUUCAAGAUAUUCUCUUUUGACAACCUGCCGGCUUCGGACUAUCGAGAAGCAUGCGCAUCUAGUGAGUGACUGUACCUUGUCAAAGCCAUCAGAAAUGUACUUUGAACCGUUAUUCUUAUAGGGAAUUGGAUCACGGAUCUGACGAAGAAAACCUCACGGUCUCGCUGAGUGACUACACAAAUCUUCAGAAAACAACCUCUCGCUUUACAUGGAUAUCGAUGAUCCGGAACCCUGAUGGUGGUGAACGGUCGGUGGGAGAGGCUUGGAUCCCGCAGAUUCUUCCUAGCCCUCAUACUGUGGAUUCACUCUAGGAUGUUGCGACAGGUGUUGCACGAAGGUCUCAGGACGUCUUUCCACAAAUUGGGCCAUUUUGUCGCCAACCACCCUGUCUUCUUUGCCUCUACCCCGGUCCUGAUUUCUAUUUUGCUCGGCGCAAGUUUCAGCCGGUACCGCAUUGAAGAAAACGUGGAGUACCUGUUGGCUCCGAAGCACAGUCUAGCGAAGAUAGAGGGGAACUUGGUGGAUAGUUUGUUUCCCGUAAACAGAUCCAAACACACGUUGUACUCAGAUUUGCAGACGCCGGGCAGAUACGGCCGUGUCAUCGUCACCUCACGCAGAGGAAGCAUCCUAGAACCACAAUACGUCGAUUUAGUUUUGAAGCUCCAUCGCACCAUCGCCCAGCUCCAGGUGCCCAUGCUGGGCUUCAACUACACCUUCAACCACCUCUGCCUGCUGGACGACAGCAAGAGCUGCAUCGUGGACGACAUUGUGCACGCGCUGGCCGAGGUCCAGACAGAGCGCACGGCCAACCGAACGGUGCCGCCGCUGUGCUACCCCAUCACCAGCCUGCGGGACGGCCGCGAGGCCUACAUCGGGCACCAGCUGGGCGGCGUGCAGCCGCUGGGCGGCGGGGGGGGGGGGCGUGAGGGUGGCGUGCGGGUGGCACGCGCCCUCCAGCUCACCUACUACCUGCAGGCCUCGUCGGCGCUCAACGAGCUGGUGGCGGCACGCUGGGAGGCUGCGUUCGGCGUGGAGCUGGAGCACUUUGGCCGGCAGCACCCGGAGCUGGCGCUCUACCCGUUCACGUCGUCGUCGCUGCAGCGCGACUUUCAGCGCACCAGCCGCGUGGCCGAGCGUCCGCUGCUGGUCAGCCUGGCCGUGUGCAUGGCGCUGGCCGUGCUCUGCUGCUCCAUGCGCGACUGCGUGCGCACCAAGCCCUGGCUCGGCCUGCUCGCGCUGGUCACGGUCAGUCUGGCCACGUUGACCUCCGCCGGCAUCUUCAACCUCAGCGGCGGCAAGUACAACUCCACCUACCUGGGCAUCCCCUUCGUCAUGCUGGGUCACGGCUUGUUUGGCAUCUUCGAGAUGCUGUCGUCGUGGCGGCGGACGCGCGAGGACCAGCACGUGAAGGAGCGCGUGGCGGCUGUCUUCUCCGACUGCCUGCUGCCCUUCACGGCGGGCACUGCGCUCCACCUGGUGACCUUCGGCAUUGGCGCCAGCCCCUUCACCAACAUCGAGGCCGUGCGGCUCUUCUGCCGCAACGCGUGCCUCUCCGUGCUCUUCAACUACCUCUACAUCCUCACCUUCUUCGGCUCCAACCUGGUGUUCGCCGGAUACCUGGAGAACAACUACCGCCACAGCCUCUUCUGCCGACGCGUGCCAAAGCCCGAGAUCCUGCAGCAGAAGCCGGCCUGGUACCGCUUCCUCAUGUACACCCAGUACAACGAGGGCCCGGCCUCCGAGCCGGACCUGCAGGCCUACGAGAGCCACCUGCUGGUGGCCUUCAUGAAGCGCUACUACUGCGACUGGAUCACCAACACGUACGUCAAGCCUUUCGUGGUGCUCUUCUACCUGGUGUACGUGUCGUUCGCGCUCAUGGGCUACCUGCAGGUGAGCGAGGGCUCGGACCUGAGCAACAUGGUGGCCACGGAGACGGGCACCAUCGCGUACAUGCGCGCCCAGCAACGCUACUUCAGCAGCUACAGCCCCGUCAUCGGCUUCUACAUCUACGAGUCCAUCGAGUACUGGAACGCCAGCGUGCAGGAAGACCUGCUGGAGUACACGCGCGGCUUCGAGCGCAUCUCGUGGUUCGAGAGCUACCUGAAGUACCUGCGCGGGCUCAACGUGAGCUCGAGUCUUCCACGGGGCGACUUCACCGAGCGCCUGCGCUCGGGCUUCCUGCGGCAGCCGCGCUACGUGCACUUCGCCGACGACAUCAUCUUCGCGCGCCGCAGCGUCGACGGAACAAGUGGCGACAUCGCCGCCGAGGUGGUGGCCUCACGGAUGUUCCUGGUGGCCAAGACGACGGAGAACAAGCGCGAGGAGAUGGCCGUCCUGCUGGACACGCUCCGCAAGCUCUCGCUCACCUCGCGCAUCAAGUUCAUCAUCUUCAACCCGUCGUUCGUGUACAUGGACCGCUACGCGUCAUCGGUCGGCGCGCCGCUCAAGAACUCCUGCAUCGCUGCCCUCUUCCUCCUCUUCUUCUCGACCUUCCUGGCGGCCGACCCGCUGGUCAACGGCUGGCUGGCCGUGACGGUGGCCUCGGUGGAGUUCGGCGUGGUGGGCUUCAUGACGCUGUGGCACGUGGAGCUGGACUGCGUCUCCGUGCUCUGCCUCAUCUACGGGGUCAACUACGCGGUGGACUCCAGUGCGCCGCUGCUCUCGGCCUUCGUGCUGGGCCGCGAGCGCUCGCGCACGCACUGGGUCAAGCUGGCGCUCGAGCACCACGGCGUGCCAGCGCUGCAGAGCUACCUGUGCUAUGCCGCCGCCCUGCUGCCGGUGGCCGCCGUGCCCUCCAACCUGACCCGCACGCUCUUCCGCUGCCUCUUCCUGACCGUGCUCAUCGUGGCCUUCCACUGCCUGGCCAUCCUGCCCGUGCUGCUGACCUUCCUCCCACCGUCCAAGCGCAAGAAGAAGCGCGACAGGAAGAGGUGUGGCGGCGGCGAUUCGGGCGGCCGCGAGGAGAUCGAGUGUGUGGAGAUAGAGGACAGCACGCGCGUUGUCGACCAGAUCACCACCGUCUGACGGCGCACGCUUGGGCAAAAAUCGCUAACCCGCUAACCCCGUCAACUGUUUGACCGACACAACUGGACAGACAGAGGAACGGAAAGCUGAUGCCUUUCCAGUGGAAGUUGACCCACAAGAGGGCUUGUUUGAGUCUAUGAGUACGUCACUAAGUGUGGCAGUGUGUCAAGUCAAGGCUGUGGCCCAGAGGGCUCGGUCUUUUAUAAAAGUGUUCCAAUCCCAAUUGCUGUUUUCCAGUGAGGUUCCGUUGCUGUGUCAUAGCCCCUUUCUCUAGGCCUCUCUCUCUCUCUGCGUGGAAGUUAGGCCCGGUUGUCAUGGAGACGAUCCUCUGUAGGCGACAGCACAGCGCAGCGUAGCAGAAGACCCAUCGCUGCCUCCCUCUGUGCUUCUGGACCAGUGGAGGCGAUUAUCCAACAGCUGCAGAUAAUGAGAGCUCUGUGGCUGGCGUGCACUAAUGUAGGAGAGAGAGACGGAGCGCCAGGGGGUCUUCAAACGUCUUUCUCUCCAUGCAGAUGUAGGAUGCACUUGCUAGACGUAGAGCAAUGUUACUGUGAUGACCACAGUGAGUUGUGGUGUUGGAGGAGUCAGCCAGUCCCUUUAGUUUUUAUUGAUGAACUGACUCCUGCUUCCUGUCAGACGCUUGUCUCCCUCUCUCUCCUCCUCUCUCUCUAUCUCUCCUCCUCUCUAUUUCUCUCUUCCUCUCUCCUCCU